GUUUUCGUCGCGUCCGCGUUGUCCUCGUCGUCGUCCCUCGUCGUCGUCGUCCUCAUCUUUGUCGCGAUCGUUUUUUUCCUUUUCCCGUUUAAUUAAGACGCGGUCGAUUCGGUUUUACUCCGUGAUCGCAGAGAACGGAGCGCAACGUGCCGGCAAACAGAGAGCCAGUGGUGUUAUCGUACAUGGAUGAGAUUUGGCAAGGGCGAGGUGGAGGAUCAUCCGUAUGCGAGCACGCAGCCGAGUGACAGGUUACGAACAAUUAUUUCGUCGCGAACGGUCGCUAUCGGGGUGAAAGAAAGAGGAAACGGAAGAAAGAGCGGAAUCAAGCGGUGGAAGGAAGGAGGAAAGUAGGGAGAGGCAGUAGCAGUAACACGUACGAUGAAGCAUCGUGGACAGGAGUAGGGUGAGAGCACGGAAAGGCGAGCAGCAGGCGAGGCGAAUAGGCGGCACAAGUAGCAUAAACGGAAAACGGCCGCCGGUCAGGGAGUGUUGGAGGUUAGAGAGAAGAAACCGGGGUACUGUCCAUCAGUCUGUCAGUCGAGCGCGACCGCGUGCAUACGAAAACUGUCGUCGAGAUUCAACGCGACUCCCUCUUUUAUUUCCCUCGCACUUCUUCAACCUUUUAUCUUCCCUCUGUCUCUUCCCCUUUCCUGUUUCGCAUCGUUUUUUAUUAAACGCCUCCCUCUUGUCUUUGUGAUACGCGCUCGCGACGGAGAGGAGGAAGAAGACACGUCGAUGAAGGAAACCGGCGACCAGCAGUCAUCAGUCUUAUUCGCGUUCGCUUGCUUCUUCUAACAGCACGGAGGAGCAAACCAAGCCGGACUGUUGUUCGCGAAACACGCGACUCGAGAUUCGAAGUUCGUCGAAAGUAAAGAAUCGAAGAGGCUUCCUAUUUUUUCCCGCUACUGCGAACGAGCAACGUGCUUGUUUUAUGUAUCAUCGAUCAGGUGACAAGAAGAAAAUAAGACGGUGUGAGAAUUCGAAGUUGGUGAAGCCGGGUAAUCACAGUGCCGCGACGCCGAUAAGACGGAAGGACAGGUCGGCCGAGAGGAAAUAAAGAAAACAUCGAAGACGAGUAGCAGACUCAAGCCAAGAUGACGACUCUAGUAGCGGAUCUGGUGCACGGCUACAGGGACAUGAUGGACAACAAAUCAGAUCCUAGAGUGAACCAUUGGAUAAUGAUGAGCAGUCCUAUGCCAACGAUGGUUAUAUGCCUGUGUUACGCUUACUUCAGCAAGGUUCUGGGACCGAGGCUAAUGGAGAACAAAAAGCCUUUCAACUUAAGAGGAAUCCUUAUAGCGUACAACUUGAUACAGACACUAUUUUCCUCAUGGAUCUUCUACGAGUACUUGAUGAGCGGAUGGGCGAAAGGAUACAGUUUCCGGUGCCAACCGGUCGACUACUCGUACAGCCCCAUGGCGUUGCGAAUGGCCAACACGUGCUGGUGGUAUUACAUCAGCAAGUUCACUGAGUUCUUCGAUACCCUCUUUUUCAUUCUGAGGAAGAAGAAUCAACACGUGUCGACGCUACAUGUGAUCCACCACGGUAUAAUGCCGUUCUCUGUUUGGAUGGGGCUGAAGUUCACACCGGGUGGCCACAGCACUUUCUUCGCCCUCCUGAACACCUUUGUUCACAUAAUAAUGUACUUCUAUUACAUGAUAGCCGCGAUGGGUCCCGAGUACCAAAAGUACAUCUGGUGGAAAAAGUACCUGACUACCUUGCAAAUGGUGCAAUUCGUACUGAUCAUGAGCCACCAGUUCCAGCUUCUGUUCACGGAAUGCGAUUACCCGCGCGGCUUCAUGAUCUGGAUCGGUCUGCACGGCGUUCUUUUCCUAGGUCUCUUCUCGGACUUUUACAAAGCGAAGUAUGUGGACAAGGGAAAGAGAAGAGAGUUGAAGAAGAGCAUGCAGAACGGUUCGACUGGCCUCUGCAUGCCAGUGCUGGAAGACUCAGUGCCGCGGCAGAACGGUGUCUCGUCGUACGCGACGAUUUACAACAAAGAGUACAACAGCUGUUACAGCAACGGAACGAAUAACGGUUACGUUGCCAACAAUAAUACGGAGAAGAAGCUCGCUUAGGGCACCGUUGUGGCAAGGCAUCGUAAACCGUCGUCGUCGUCGUUCAGACAGCAAAUCGCGCGACGCGUUACACAUUUAAUCAUACGUUCAAUCUCAACCCGGCACUCCGAGGAUCAUGCCGUGAUUCUGUACAACAUAACAUACACACGCGUAAACAUGCACACAAAACAAGCAGACACAGAGAAUACGUCGAUCGACUCGAUACUCGAACAGUGAUCGCGCAUGAAAUUACCGGAGGGGAAGAUUCCUCCUCCGCCUUGGACGUAGCCGAUACGUGAGAACAAACUAUUAUGCUAGUUGAAAUUCGUCGCGGAGUCUGUGUUCAAGUUCACUGCAAGUAGAGUCGUCGACGAGAAAGAGACAGCGAGAGAGAGAUCCAGUCGCAGCGUUCGAUUAACCGCUAACGCUUUAAAUUAUUUCAGGAACUAUAUCAACGAGCUAGUGAUUACGUUUAUCGUUCGACGGGUUAAUCUGAUGGAGGUUACACGUAUAAAGACUAUUAUCGCGUAAUAUAUACAUAUAUGUAUAUUAUUAAUAAGGAAAGGGCUCUUCUGCACGUAUUGUUAUGUAUAUGCAUUAAUUAUAUGAAAUCGCAAACCGCAACCGGAUUGCGGAUCGCUCCGUGAACAAGUCGUUGGCGCUCGUCGAUGGCUUUACAAAACAGAAAUGCAGAAUUAGGAACGCGAGGAUACCGGAGAUAGAAAAUGAAGCGGACAAGAUUAAAACGCGCACACGAUGAGCGAGAGGAGAAUUGAAUAAACCCGAUCUUCAUCGGAACAUUCUAUUUUCCCGCACGCGAUUCGCGCAUGAAAAAAAAGAAGAGUGCGACGCGUGCGGUUAUGAUGUAUGCGUGAGCGAGUGUGAUCAUUUGUUAGUUGUAAACGUGAUAACGAGGCAUUUCACUUUGGGACACACCGAAACGAUCCCCUCCCACCAAUCCUCCUACCCCUGUACCCCCUCCUUUACAUCAGAUUUCCUGAUCGUCGUCCGACUCUGUCUCUCUAUUGCCCCGAUUGUGUUCAAAGCUUUGGUGUUCGUCCUAGAAAAUAAGCAUCUGUCGAUUCGCGCUCGAAGAAGAAAUCGCGUAACGUACUCCUUCCUCUCGGAGCUUGAUUCUCUGUCUCCAAACUUGUGACAAUUCUAUCGGGUAACCGCGUACAGUUAGGAAACUCGUUGCUUCGACGGCUUUUCUUAUAUAGCUCACGAUGUAACACAUCUUUCUUUUGUUAUUUUUUAUCGAAUACUUUACGAACGUUUUGAGCUGUGCGUAGAAGAGAAAAACGCGGAGUCAAGCUUCCGAGGAGAUAAAAAGAAAUUGUCUCGGCAAAAUUAAUCUCAUGUUCACCGGUAAAAUUGGAAGAAAAUCGAAUGCCGAUCGUGCGAAUCUACGCGUAAAUUAUAAAUGCUAGGAAACGCAUAGAGGAAGGGAAGAGAAAACGUUUAUCUAGGAAUCAUAUAAAAAGAAAUUUCUUGUUAAGGUUACAAACUUUUGUACACUUCCUAUUACGGAAAGAUGAAGGUUUUUAUUUAUGACCGCACAGAAAUAAAAAAUCUGAGGAAAAAAAGAAAAAGUAAAAGAACAAUUCGAUCCUACAAAUUUGAUGGCUGUAUAUUUUUACAAGGAAAUAGAUCGAUCACAUAAUAAUAAUAAUGAUAAAAUGAUACUAAUAAUAAUAGUAAAAGAAACGUUGACGUUAAAAUGGUGUCAAAAGACGUGCUUUCCCGUGAAAGUAUUCGUGUAAUGAAAAAAAAAUUUAUUAUCGAUAAGUUUUAAUAACGUAUUAGAGAGAUAUUUGAAGAUGAAAAAUGGUCUAUAAUAAAAGGGAGUAAACGGAAGAGAGGAUAACGUCGACAAGACUGUUAACGUAGUCGUAGACGAAAAACGUAUACAUAUAUGAAAAAUAUGAUUUCACAGAAUCUCGAAAAACGAAGCUCUUGUUUUCUCCCGUUGCAUCAGUCUUUUGGUGAUAUGCAUAACAAGGUUCAAGCGCAUUCCUUCAAUCGCAAGAUUGACAAGGCCCUGCGCGUAGUUCGGUCCUUGUUGACUCGUUUCGAAAUGUACAGGAAUUGAUCUACGAAUUAACGAACAAUUUGAUAUCUUCAACGCUCAAAACUCCUUUUAGCUCGUCCUUUUCUGUUCAUUGAAAAUUAUUGCAAUUAUGUAUUAUUCCGACAUGAAAUCGAUCAUUGUAUCGAUAGAACUACGAAUCGUUUAAAAUCGUUCGUCACCGUUUUUUCACUUUUUUAAUAAGUGUACGUGUGGAACACGCAAUGCAUCAUUUCUCUUUCGGAGCACACGUCCGCCUAGUGACUACACGCUCCUUUUUAACUUCGCAAUAACAAGAGACUCCUGUAAUUAUUCUUUUCUUUUCUUUUUGAUAUCUCAUCUAUUUGUAAAAUUAGCGUAGAAUGGAAAGCAAUUUCGCACCUGUUAAAGUCUCGCAAAUAAUAAUAUACCGCAUUGCAUUGUUUUUAAUUUUUUGGAAAACAUGUGAGUUUAUUCUAUGGAACCUAACUUGUGUCUGUCAAUGAGGACAAUAAGCCGCGUCAACGUCGGGACACGACGUUAGAACAUUCUAGCGGAAGUUCGUAAUACACAUACUACCUACACACACACACGCAUCAUCAAAUACGCAUUUGUACAAAGGUGUCAUUUGUUAUCGUCGAAAAUUUCACGAUCGGCCGUGGUAGUAAUCCACGCGUUAUCCGCGUUCUUUUUCGAAUUUUUAUUCUUUAAUAAAAACAGCAAAUGAAAAAGGCUGCUUCUCGAUGUACAACUUUCGUAUUUUUCUAAAAAACGGACACGCGUGCGAGUAAUUUUCUGCUGUGCACUUUUUCUAACAAGACUUCACAGAGCCCUAGACUCAGAAAUUAUAUACUGACGAAUCUUCAGAAAUAUCCUUACCGAUUCAUGCUAUUCAAGGCUAAGUCGAUUUCGUGCCCUUUGGCCAAAUGAUUCCGACGUUUUGUUCGCUUUUUAAAAACCUUGGAUCUUUCUAGUGUGCGAAUAAAACUUUCGAAUUAUUUUUGCAAGUCACGUCGUAUUCAGGGAAGCCUUCGAUGGUAUUAGAAUCGAAACACGUUAGGUCGGAGAAUGUGAUUUAUUUUUCUUUUACGGAUCAAAGAAGGAUGCCAUUGUUUCUCUGCACACACGAAAAUCAUUUAUGAAAGAUCGAAACGAAAACACCAAAGUCACACGAUAUCAUAUACGUGGAUUUUUGUGGUGAGAAAAUUACACGCAAGUCACAGGAUGGUCGAUCGUCUUUUACUUGAAAGAGAAAAAUUAGAAGACAAAAAUGAGAAAUAAAUCGGUUGAGCCACGCGAGAGGUGACACACAAGCUGAGGCCGAAGAGGCAAAAGAGCACACACACAUCGUCAUGUACCUACCUAAUGUUACGAACUCUGUAAUGAUUAUUGAUUCUCAUUAUAUUUUUGUACAUAAUUGGGGAGAAUAACACGAGAAUAAAGUGAAUUUAAAAGGAGCGAGUUGCCUUCAGCAAUGGACACAGAAAAAUCGGUGUAAUUUUAUUUGAUGAUCGACACACCCCAUCGAAACUGUUCACAGCGUCUAGCGAUCAAUUCUAGCGAUUGAAAUUAAAAAGAUUACACGAAACCAAAAAGUCUGUUCGAGAUUUUUCAACACGUUUUCAGAAAUUUUUUUCAAACGUGAUUUUGUUGUGUUCUCGAUUUCCCUUCAAUGUUUCAACUUCUAGAAUCGAUUCACCAAAACGAUCCACAUUCUUAUGAAUAGCUUGUAUACUGACUUCUGAACAAGUACACCAGAAAACAAAUAAUAAUAAACUAUACAUACAGAA